AUGAUACCCUGGAAGACCGCCACACCCCUGGAAGACUGCCACACCCCUGGAAGACUGCCACACCCCUGGAAGACUGCCACACCCCUGGAAGGCUGCCACACCCCUGGAAGACUGCCACACUCCUGGAAGACUGCCACACCCCUGGAAGACUGCCACACUCCUGGAAGACUGCCACACUCCUGGAAGACCGCCACACUCCUGGAAGACUGCCACACUCCUGGAAGACCGCCACACUCCUGGAAGACUGCCACACUCCUGGAAGACUGCCACACUCCUGGAAGACUGCCACACUCCUGGAAGACUGCCACACUCCUGGAAGACUGCCACACUCCUGGAAGACUGCCACACUCCUGGAAGACUGCCACACUCCUGGAAGACUGCCACACUCCUGGAAGACUGCCACACUCCUGGAAGACUGCCACACUCCUGGAAGACUGCCACACUCCUGGAAGACCGCCACACUCCUGGAAGACCGCCACACUCCUGGAAGACUGCCACACUCCUGGAAGACCGCCACACCCCUGGAAGACUGCCACACCCCUGGAAGACUGCCACACCCCUGGAAGACUGCCACACCCCUGGAAGACUGCCACAUCCCUGGAAGACUGCCACACUCCUGGAAGACUGCCACACCCCUGGAAGACUGCCACACCCCUGGAAGAAUGCACCUUCAGUUCUGAUCUGCUGAUAAUGUGA